AUGGAGAAUUCGACCUUCACAUGCAAACACACACUUUUAUACCCAUUUCUUGGAUAUGCCAUUAUUCCUAUAUUAACUACCACAUCUAUCUAUCUAUCUAUCUAUCUAUCUAUCUAUCUAUCUAUCUAUCUAUCUCUUAGGCUAUCCGUCAUUGUUGACGUCGACGCUGUCCAUCCAUCUGUGUCCGUCUUCUGUGGACUGCCAGAUGAGAUAGCAGUCCAAACCGACAAGUUCACAGGCACAAGUGGCUGGGAAACAUGCACGGUUCGGAAUUGGCAGGUUGCGGGUAACGUUGGCGUCGCCUCUCCUCCAGCGCCCCUCGUCUCUCUUCCUGGAAAUGCGCCACUCCGGCUACGCAGAGAGACCGCCAGCCGAUCCGAUCCCUUGCAGGGUUCUUCAAUUGUGUUGGGUCAAUAUUGCAGGAGACAAGAGUACGCUAUCUAUCUAUCUAUCUAUCUAUCUAUCUAUCUAUCUAUCUAUCUAUCUAUCUAUCUCAGUCCUUUUUUGCAAUGGAAACCUCUCCUUAAUUUCUGUUUAUUUUGUUUUUAUGUUAUAUGA